UGCGACGAGCGCCAGCUUUUGCUUUCUGCUCGUUCGACCGUGGGCAGACACAACCCCAGCCACGCCAACCAGCAAGGCGCUGAGCGGCUUCGGCCUUAGCGCUGUCCCCGCCCGCGUGAAAUAAUAUUUAUGUCCUGCUCUCACUCAACCUGCUCGGCUCCCCUCCACCAACCUCGUCGCCUGCCUCUGCCUCUGCCUCUGCCUCAACACCUGACGCCUCCUUCUGUCCCACCGACCUGUUGCGCCUCGUCGUGAGACUCCAAUUCCGCCCAGCCCGCCUGGCUCUACUUCGGCUCAUUUCUGCAUCUUGAUACCACCCGAACCGCUGUCUGCCCUCCGUACCACCACCACAUACAUUUCGCCAUGAACGCAACCAGGGCACUCGCUCGCCAGCCCAUGAUCCGCUUCUUGGGCAAGCGCACCACUCCUUCGCACAUUGACCACACCCCGCACGUGCACCCAGCUUCUCACAUGAAGGAGCUUCCCUCAUCAUUCAAGGCCUACCGACAAAAGGCACAGCAGCACGGCCCGCUCAACGCAAACGCUAGCGGCCUUGUCGGUGGUCACAUUGGCGGUGCAGCUGGCAGGAACCUUGGUCCAGUCGAGGCCGGAAAGGGCCUGUACUUUGAUCGCUCCGAGCUGCCUGCCCGCUUCCAGAACCUGUCAUGGACCCAGGCCGAGAUGGAGCUGCUCGAGUCUGGUGGUGCCAGCCAGUUUGCGUAGAUGGGCAAAAGAUAACGACGCCAAGACAAGGCAAUGGCUGGACGGGCUAAGACGGACUGACGUUUUACGUUUGCGCGCUCUAGUGCGGGGCAGAGAGGAUCAAAACUGGCAAGGAGACACGGCAUGAGAGCUAGACACGAGGUUUCGCGACAGAAGUGAGGGGCACAUGGCUGCUUUGGUUCAAUACCCAUUGAGAUGGACAUUUCGAGGAUACUGGCAUUUGGGAUACGGCAUGGUUUUUUUUUACAAUCUCUUUUCGCGGGUUGCUAGGGACUGUAUUGGAACUGUAUGGGUACUGUAUGGUGACAAGAACGGCAUUCAUUACUUAUUCAACACGAAAUGCAUAAACAAUUGAUAAUUGACCUUGGUUCUGUGU